AUGCCGUCUAAGUACAAAAGUGAACAACAGCGCCUUGAGGCUCGACGACAAUCAAAGCAAAGGUACUAUGAAAGGCACAAGCUAGACGAACACUUGAAAUCUUGUGGCCGCUGGUGUAAAGGUCUUGGAGCCACAAAGGGUAUUGGCCAGGUCCUUCCCAAUAUGCAGUCCUUGAGAAUGUUGGUAGAGGCACAGGAGCUUCUUUCCGAAGCUCGCGAGCUGCUCGCAAGUUCGCUGCAGGUGGAUGGUGCAUGUACAGAGUAUCUUCUUACAUCUUCUGCAGCUGCUGUUGAUGCUGUGGAAUUGCACUGUGAUGCAUUGGAAGAAGGACUGACAUUGAUGGAUGACACCAUCUACGCUCCAUGUCGCCAUCAAUCACGCAGGAUCUCCACUGAAACAGAAUUUUUCCAUGUAUCUGAAAGUACUGUCGCGCACACCUCACAUGCACUUCCAUUGGCCUCCGAGACGCUCAUGGGGGAAUUCAACUUCGAUUUUGACUCAUGUACACCUGACGGCGACUUCAAUGAUCCUGCAUAUGAGAACCACUUGGCUGAAACUACUCUGGUGCCUAAGAAGUGUGAUCGUGCCAUGGCUCAGUGGGUAAAGGAGCAAGAGAAAUAUCUUAUGGAGGUUAUUAGACUCGAAGGCCGCGGUGAUUAUACUUCCCAUGAGGCUUGUCAUGGACAUUGUGAAUGUACCUUUGAGCCAGAGGAUCAUUGCAAGGACUGUUUUGGUACUGAACUGUACUGUAAGGAUUGCACGGUGGAGAGGCAUCACGAUAAUCUGCUGCACAGGAUUGAGCUUGGCCAUGCAGUUGGUGAACGGUGCUUCAAUCAAUCCAGGGCAUUCGACGACGACUUUGUGAUUCUGGACAUUGAUCGUGUUCAUGAGGUCGCAUUGGAUUUUUGCGGGUGCUCAUAUGCACAAAGUCACACAACUCAAAUUCUUCGAGCCCGCUUGUACCCUGCAACAUGCUCUGAACCCAAAUCAGCUGCCACAUUUCGACUUCUCCAACACUUUCAGAUAUUGACCUUCGAGUCAAAAGCAUCCGCAUUCGAAUAUUGGCAAACACUCGUUCGUCUUACUGAUAACACAGGAAUCAAGCCCUGCAAAGAUUGCUAUGAAAGCUUGUUGCGCAUGAUCAAACAAUGGCGGAACAUCACACUUCUAAAAUGUUUUGGCCGAGGUCAUGAUCCUGCCGGUGUUGAUACCACUGAACCUGGAGCGUGCACAGUACUUUGUCCCGCCUGCCCUCACCCUGGCAAGAACUUACCCAAAGACUGGAAAAUGGUGUCCCCUGACAAGCAAUGGCUAUAUGCACAAUAUUUUGCCAUCGACGCAAACUUUCGGUUGGUACGGAAAAAUGUGUCCUCCGAUAGUGUCGACCCUGGUUUGAGUAAAGGGUGGGCUUAUUUUGUCGAGGAGACCAGCUUCAAACUAUUCCUGAAGGAUGUCGGAAAGGUCUCACAAAAGAAAAGCACUUGCAUCAGUCACAACGCCGUGAACCUCGCUGAAACAAAGAGCUCACAAGGGCUGGCUGCGACAGGAGCAGGGACUGUGGACUGCUCUCGUCACAACUUCAAGCGGCCAUGUGGAGUGGGAGAUCUUCAAUGA